UUUCCCCAGAAAUUUGGGUAACCACCCAAUAUCACAAAGCUUCAAUCUUUAUGGCUUCGUAUGAACAACAAGGAGGAAAGCCUCUACCCAAGUUUGGGGAAUGGGAUGUGAAUGACCCUGCCUCAGCUGAAGGAUUCACUGUUAUAUUCAACAAGGCCAGAGAUGAGAAGAAAACUGGUGGAGGAGGAUCUGGGCGCAUUACAUCACAGCGAAGAUAUGGUUCACGCAAGGAUGAUGAUAAAUCCUCCAAGAGAAAGUGGUUUUGCUUCAAACCUUAGACAAGUUUAAGGAUGGUGUGCUUCUGCUGCUUGGGACGUA